GAUCUGGUUAAGAAUUAAGACUUGGAUUUUGAAGCAUUUGGGCAACUUGCUACUGCUCAAGUCAUGACACUCCCAUUUCGAAAGGACUUGGACAAGUACAAAGAUCUUGAUGAAGAUGAAAUUCUUGGCAAACUUUCGGAAGAAGAAUUGAAACAACUGGAAACUGUUUUGGAUGAUCUUGACCCUGAGAAUGCUCUACUGCCUGCAGGCUUCCGGCAGAAGGACCAGACUGCAAAAAAGGCUUCAGGUCCCUUCGACAGGGAGCGGCUCCUUGCAUAUUUGGAGAAGCAGGCGCUCGAGCACAAGGACAGGGAAGACUAUGUGCCUUUUACCAGAGAAAAGAAAGGGAAAAUAUUUAUGCCCAAGCAAAAGCCUGUACAGUCUUAUGCAGAAGAAAAAUUCUCUCUUGAUCCAGAACUGGAGGAAGCCUUGACCAGUGCCACAGACACAGAAUUAGGUGACCUUGCAGCUAUUCUGGGAAUGUCCAACUUGAUAACAAACAGUCAGUUCUGUGAUGUAGUAGGAAGCAGUAAUGGGGUUGACAAAGACAGCUUCUCAAAUAUAGUAAAAGGUGAAAAAAUGCUGCCUGUUUUUGAUGAACCACCAAAUCCCACAAAUGUGGAGGAGACCCUGCAGAGGAUUAAAGAUAAUGAUUCUCGUCUUGUUGAAGUUAAUCUAAAUAACAUUAAGAACAUACCAAUUCCAACGCUGAAAGAAUUUGCAAAAGCCUUAGAAACCAACACACAUGUGAAGAAUUUUAGCCUGGCAGCCACCCGAAGCAAUGAUCCUGUUGCUGUUGCUCUUGCAGAUAUGCUGAGAGCAAACACAAAAUUAAAAAGUUUAAACAUCGAAUCAAACUUCAUCACUGGAGUUGGAAUUCUGGCACUGGUUGAUGCACUGAAAGACAAUGAAACGCUGACAGAGAUCAAAAUUGAUAAUCAGAGGCAGCAGCUGGGCACGGCUGCAGAAGUAGAAAUUGCCAAGAUGCUUGAAGAAAACACCAAGAUCCUCAAAUUUGGAUACCAUUUCACACAACAGGGACCUCGAGCCAGGGCAGCUGCAGCUAUCACAAAAAAUAAUGAUUUGGUUCGCAAGAGAAGGGUUGAAGGAGACAACUAGCAAUAUUGUUGUCAAGACUGUGUGGAGUCAUCACGGUCAUCACCGUGGGCUUGGGCAAUCUUGGACUACACUGACCUGGGUUAGAAGGGAAAAGACUGGAAACCCCAUUCCUUUUAAAGCAAAGCUAUAUAAUCUGCUGGUGUGCAUCAUGUUUUCCAUGGAGACACAGUAACUGCACCAGUCUCUGUACUAUAGGUUUUGAUUGGGUUUUUUUUUUAAGAACUGUUUUGUAUCUCAAGAUUUUGGCUGUGCUUUCUACUAAAUAUGUAAUGGCAAGUCAAUGGCAUAUUUGUUUGUAGUCAAAGAAUGGGACUUUUAACAUCAUUGGGCAGAUAAUGACCCAAUUGAAAUGUUUGUUAGAAAAUCUGGGGGUGCUUAUUUACAUGGAGGGAUGUGUAUAUUCCUGAAAACAAUGCGUUAGUGAUAAGGGAUUCUUCACCCAACAGCUGGGCUCGCUGUGUAGAGCUGUUCAGCUUCAUUCAUAUGCACUGAAGAGAAAUCUUUCACAGCAAUGUUACUUGUAAUCCUACUGUGUUACUUUUGAUUGGUUCCUGAUACUGUGAUCAAGUUUUAAGAGAUCCCUUUAAGCCAAAGAAAAAUACAUUG